ACUGGCUUAUGUCCUGAUGAACACAUAACAGAAACUGAAAUAUUUCAUAUCUGAUACAUCUGCCUUGCAUGGAUCUGUCCCAUAACACCUCGAUAGAAAGACUUCCUUUGUAGGUGUACUCCACUUCUAAGACUGAAAUGUCCUGACUGAGGUGUAUCAAGCUGUAAAGCAGCAGGAUGAAUGUGCAAAAUCCAAAGGACUCCCCCAAGAAUGCAUAUGGCUCCCCAUUACUUUUUGAUAACCACAGAAAUGGAAAUGAAGAGCAAAAGGCAAAUUGUUCUGAAUGUGAAUGGAACAUGAACUCUAAUGAUCCAGCAUGGUGCAAGAAUCAGCCAAGUGGUGAUUCUGUUCCCCAAGGGCCUAUUGGGUUUGAGCUUGAGAAUACAAUAGACUAUUUACAUAAACAAACUGAUGGUGAAAUUUCAGAUGUCAAAAAUACUCUCCAUAUUGGCACCAUAGAGUUAGAAGAAACGGUAGAUUAUGUUAAUAAGCAGGAGCCGAGCUCCUUACCCCCAAGGACCCCUAUUUGUUUACACAAUGAAUUCCUCUCCAAUCCUAGUAAUUUCCAAUAUAUGCACAACCUACAGAAUGUUGACGAGCCUAUGCCUUACUCCUCUAAAACCUAUUACAGCAAACCUGAACAGGUCAUGUCUUUUCCAUGCACUGUAAAUCCGAUGGAUGUUGUUUGUGGGAAUCUUGCGUCUGAGCAGGUGAAUUUAUGUUCACCAAUCACUAAGCACAAAGACUUGGAGGCAACCCUGGGUUUGUUCUCAUUGUCAUGUGACACGAGCAGUGAAAUGCACAUGAGGAAAAAUAGCAUUAUUUCAAGUGACUCUGAAAAGCCAAUGAGUACCUCUGUAUUAGAAAGCUCUGCAUUACCGAAUACUUCCACUGAGGUUUUUUCUGCAUCUUUGAAGUGGACGAACAACGUUCAGGAUUGCUGCCAAUCUGUUGAGCAGUGCAGUAAAGACUUGAAUUAUUUUGAAGUGCCUCCACACAUCCCUGAAGAUCCCAAAGAAAAGGUGCUAAUCAAUAAAGGGCCUGAAGUUGCAAACCAGGUAUUUGACAGUCAUGGGGAUGUAAUCGCAUGCAGCACUCCAGAAGAGGGCGAUGAAAUGGCUCUUGAAAAUCUCAGUAACUUGAGCACAGCCAUGUUAAUUGAGAAUGAUAUUAACAAAAAUAGUGUAGGUAUUCUCCCUGCAACACCUCAAGAAGCCAUUAAUCCAGUUGUACAAACAAAGGAUAAUUACCUUGAAGCCAAAGACAUGAAAAAAGAAUUGUCUUCAACAAGAACACCAAAGUCCUCCAGCAGAACACAGUCUUGUAGUUCAGGAUCGAAAGACCUGUUAAAUAUUUUAUCUGGGCUUGACUGUGAAGACACAUUUUUAGUAGCUAGUCCCAGUUUGAACACAGAAGCUAAGGCUUAUACUUCCACACCCUUGCCGGAGUCCAGGAAUAUGACUUUUGCUGUACCUGCUUUGGAUGAUUUGGGGCAAAUUGAGAAAGUGAAGACAAUUGAUAAUGGCAAGGAGGCUAUUAAAGGGAAUGGUGUAGAAACUAAAGUUGGCUCCGGCAAUGUCGCAGUAAAGCAUGUUGGUAAAAAGCUGCCCAUUGUGACAACUGUUAAAGCCAAGAAGCCUGAGGUGGUCAGCUUUCCCAAACCAAACUUUAGAAAUGUUAAGGCAAAAGUGCUGUCUAGACCUGCAUUGGGUAUAAGGGAUUGCCCCACACCCACCUCUAAGGCAUCUCCCAGGUCUCCACAGUCUGCAUCGAAUGCAUCAUCACCUGUGGCAUCUCCUAGAGCCAUAUCCUCUAGUGUCAGAAUAGCAAGAAAGAAAUCUGCUCUCGAUCAAGACCUGAAAGCGGAGGCAGCUAUUGCUAAACUUCACAAACAACCAAUUAAUAAGCAGCUCUUCCCCAGCCAACUUGCACAUGCCCCAACCCAUACAAAAUAUGCUUCAGGUAAAGUUCCCAGAACUGCAGUCUUAAAGCAGACUCAGGAUGAGAUCGAGAGAGCAAGUUCUUCAAAUUCUACACGCUCCUCCAGCUCGGCUGCUGCCUUAACCUGCACGGCCAGCUCCAAAGUGACAGACAACAAAGGGGACAAGGUGAAGAUCACUUCUAAGUCAGCUGCUGCAGUGAAUGGUGUACACAUGGGGCCGGACACAAUCAAUCAGAACGGCAUUGCUGAUGCUGCCUAUGGGAAAUCUGAACCCCAGAAGGAAAGCUUUACUUCGGCUGACAUUUUUGCUAGUGUAGAGGCAGAACUGAUCGGAACCCCAAUGUUGCUCUAUGAGCUGCCGGAUCUAAAUGGAUGGGCAUCCGGUUACAUCUGA